AUUAAAAGGAAAAAUAAUUCUUUUUUUUUCGCUUUUUUGCCGUGCUUAUACGGUUUCAAUCUCUAAAAACAUUUUAUUACAUACACACCUUAAGUCAUUGAAUUUACUAUCUUGGAAUCUUAAAUCUAGAAUGUAGAUGGCGCUGCUUCAUAAAGAUUUCACGUUCUUCUAAGUUCCCAUGGCAUGGUCAUCAUUUGACGUUUAUGGUUUAUGACUUGUGUCGGUAAUAAUCUUUUUAAUCGUUUAUGGUCGAUAUUCGCACAAUCUAUAUUAAAAUAAUUGUUCAAUAAAAACUACGUAAUGAAAUGCAGUGUUAUUGGAAUAAACAUAAAAUAUAAUAUCGCAUACUUAGUUAUAUUUUUAAGUAGUAUGGAAAAUAAGGUAAUUUCGGUAACACAUAAUGCCCGUUUGAUACAAAAAAAUGAAGAUUUCAAAUAUAUAUGUAAACGUAUGUUAUCAGAAAAUAGCCACCUAAUCAUCGUAUGUCCUGAACUAGAAAAAGAGUCCCUUGUUAAGUGGUACAAAGACAAUGAAAUUUUAAAUUCCUCAUUUCGAAAUAAUAUGGGUUCUGGCGAAGAAGAACCCCACCUCACAAUUGACGCUUACAAUUCAUUAUACAUCUUACAUGCCACGAAGCGUGAAGAAGGGACAUAUACUUGUAUUGUGGAUGGGCAUAAUAUGCAGAAGUCUGUUGUCAUAAUAGUGUCCAAAUCAAGGUUUUUAAAUGAAGAUUUUAUUCGCUUUUCUAUUUAUCUAAGUUUUGUUUUGUCUUUAACACUGUCGUGUUAUUGCGCUGGAAUAUGUCUGGCUUGGCACAGGAGAGCAUCAUUUGCAGAUCCAUUAAAUUUAUAUAACCAUAGUACAAAAUUAAAUUUAAAUCGAUAAUACGGUAACUUUCAGAUUUAUGAUAUUUAGUACCUAUAUGUAUUUAGCAUUUCUUUUAUAAAUCUUCAAAAGUGGUCAUCAAUAGUUAAUUAAGAUAACAUACGUAUUAUAUUAUACCGUCAUUUAUUAAUUGAUAAAUAUAUUAUGA